AUGACAUCACAAUUUUACCAGUGUCUCACCGCAGAGAAGGUCACCGACGACAUGCUGGCCGAAGCUGCGCAUCUUUUCAACGGAAACUAUGGGAUUUGGGGACCCCAGUCCCACAAUCCGGGUAAUCCCGUGAAGCUGAGCGUGCGAAGAUUGCGAGAACAAUACCUUCUCCCACGCACCGACCAGAGCGAGAGUGUUUAUAUCCGAGUGACCAUCAAUGGAGAUCUUGUUGGAAACGCAUUUGCCUGUCGCUGGAUGUGCAAUAGUCAGACUGUUUGUUGGAUCACUCAAUUAGUGGUCGAUCAGCAUCACCGCGGAAAGGGACUUGCGAGUGGUCUCUUGCGAACACUCAUCCAAGAUUCUGAUCACAUUUACGGCGUUAUGAGCUCACACCCAGCUGCAUGUCUGGCUGCGGCCAAAGUUUUUGGGAGAACCAUCGAAAAGGUGGAUCUUGACUUCAUUGGCAAGAUUGCUAGUGAAGUUAUGUCAACUUCACCGAUCCCUUAUAUUCGUGCUGCCGAGCUCUGUGGAACUGUAUUCGAUGCUAAUGAUUCAAGUGGGAUUGUUUCCGGCGUGAACACAAAAUUCUUUGUGGACCACACCGAGCCAUUAGAGGCGUUGGCCAUAGUAAAAGAUGAAUGGCAGUGGCCACUUGGUAAGCUGCUAGAUGGCCAUGAAUAUCUUCUCAUAUUGCCAGCUAAACAGCGCCGUUCGCGGUCGACAUCUGCUGAUGUUUAUCGUUAG